AUGACUGGUGACAGAAAACGUGUAAGGUGGAGCAGAUUAUAUUCAUUUUGCUGCGGCAAACCUUCUGCAGUGAAGGAUUUUCCACCGACAGGUUUCUCAAGGGUAGUAUACUGCAACCAGCCAGGAAAACACAAGGCUGGUCCUCUGAAAUACCUCUCCAAUUAUGUCUCUACUACUAAGUACGACGUGAUCACAUUCUUCCCAAAGGCAUUAUUUGAGCAAUUCAGAAGGGUGGCCAACCAAUACUUUUUGUUUGCUGCAGUUUUGUCACUCACGCCCUUAACUCCGUUCUCUCCAGGCAGCUUGAUCGCACCUUUGAUCUUUGUCAUGGGUAUAAGCAUGCUUAAAGAGGGACUGGAAGAUUGGAGGCGCCAUAAGCAGGACAAAGAGGUAAAUUCUCGGUUGGUUUUGGUUAACUGUGGAACUGGAGAAUUUGAAUUAAGAGAGUGGCAAGAUGUUACUGUUGGGGAUAUUGUGAUGGUUCGAAAAGAUCACUUUUUCCCAGCUGACCUUUUCAUGCUAUCCACAAGUUACACAGAUGGAAUCUGCUAUGUCGAAACCAUGACCCUUGAUGGUGAAACAAAUUUGAAGGUGAAGCAGUCACUAGAAAUCACGGUUAAAAUAGUUGAUGAGGAAGACAUUGAGAAAUUUGAUGGAAUUGUGAGGUGUGAAGAUCCAAAUAACAGCUUGUACACAUUUAUUGGAACACUUGACUUUGACGACCACCUUAGUUCUCUUGGGCCCCAGCAACUGUUACUUCGGGGAUCAAGACUUCGAAACACAGACUUUAUAUAUGGGGUUGUAAUAUUUAGCGGUCAUGACACGAAGGUCAUGCAAAACGCUACAGACCCUCCUUCAAAACGAAGCCGCAUUGAGAAAAAAAUGGACUACAUCAUCUACAUCCUUUUCAGCGUCUUGUUAUUAAUUGCUGCUGUUGGUUCUCUUUUCUACGGCAUAGUAACAAAAGAACAAAUGCCUACAUGGUGGUAUAUGUCUCCUGACAAGGCGCAGGUGUUUUAUGAUCCUCGACGAGCAACUGCUGCAUCAUUUCUACAUCUAGUUACAGCACUUAUUUUAUAUGGGUAUCUUAUACCAAUCUCUUUGUAUGUCUCAAUCGAGAUUGUUAAGACAGUGCAAGCCAGUUUUAUCAACUGGGACUGGCAAAUGUUUCACGAAGAGUCCAACAAGACAGCUCAAGCACGAACUUCCAACUUGAACGAGGAACUUGGGCAAGUUCACACCAUAUUAUCUGACAAAACUGGAACUUUGACAUGCAACUCUAUGAAUUUUCUCAAGUGCUCAAUUUCAGGCACGCCCUAUGGUCGAGGUGUCACGGAGGUAGAGAAAAGUAUUGCAAGAAGACUUAGCAAAGAACAAUGGGAAUCUGAAGACAUUCAAGAGUCUUGUUCCGAAGAUGAUAAUAACAAGAAGUUCUGCUUGUCUUCAGAAAAAGUCCAGACGAAUGCUCCCACUAUUAAAGGAUUUAACUUCAAGGACGAACGCCUAAUGGAAGGCAACUGGAUAUAUGAGCCCAAUCCUCAUUCGAUACGGCUUUUUUUUCAACUGUUAGCAGUUUGUCACUCUGCUAUUGCCGAAGAGGAUGACGACAACGAAAUCCACUAUGAAGCAGAAUCCCCAGACGAAAAUGCCUUCGUUAUAGCUGCCAGAGAAUUUGGUUUUAUUUUUUUUAAAAGGAACCAAAGUAGUGUCAUGGUAUGGGAACCCGAUAUAGAUCUUGACACAAAGCUGGAAAGAGAAUAUCAAAUACUGAAUCUUCUUGAGUUCAACAGUACAAGAAAAAGGAUGUCUGUAGUAGCUAAGGGAGAAGAUGGACAAAUUAUUUUGUUCUGCAAGGGUGCUGACAGCGUUAUCUUUGAACGACUUGGUGUAAACGGUCGCCAAUAUGAAGAAGCUACUCGAGCGCACCUUGGUAAGUAUGCAGAGGCUGGUCUAAGAACACUAGUGCUGGCAUAUCGAAAGAUUGAGGAAACCGAAUACAUCAGGUGGAAUGAAACGUUUCAAAAUGCCAAAAUUACUGUUGGCAUUGAGCGUGAGUUGUUACUAAACAAUGCAUCGGAUGAACUGGAGAAAGAUCUUGUUCUUCUAGGUGCCACUGCUGUAGAAGACAAACUACAAAAAGGAGUUCCAGAAUGUAUUGAGAUCCUCGCACAAGCUGGUCUUAAAAUCUGGGUUUUGACAGGUGAUAAGCUCGAGACUGCUAUCAACAUUGGCUAUGCUUGCAAUUUGAUUAGACAGGGAAUGAAGCAGAUUAUUAUAGCACCGGAGCUCUUAAAUAUCUCCUCAGUAGAUGCUCCUAGAGAGAUGGAAGAAGAUAAAGUUCAGGAACUUAUUAUGUCAGGUUUACAAGAUGUAGACUCUGAAAAAAGUUUAAAUACAGUAUUUGCAUUGAUUAUUGAUGGAAAAUCUCUCACAUAUGCGCUAAGUGAGGAUUUGAAAUUGAGCCUGCUUAAGCUAGCUAUAAAAUGUGCUUCUGUAAUUUGUUGUAGAGUCUCACCGCUUCAAAAAGCUUUGGUGGCAAGGCUUGUUAAACAAGGGACAGGUAAAAUUACCCUGGCCAUUGGAGAUGGAGCAAACGACGUGGGCAUGAUUCAGGAGGCACAUAUUGGUGUUGGUAUAAGUGGCGUAGAAGGCAUGCAGGCAGUUAUGGCUAGUGACUUUGCAAUUGCUCAAUUUAGCUUUCUGGAGCGUUUGCUAAUUGUUCAUGGACAUUGGUGUUACAAAAGAAUUUCUUCAAUGAUCUGCUACUUCUUUUACAAAAACAUGACAUUUGGUCUCACUCUUUUCUACUACGAAGCGUAUACAUGUUAUUCUGGACAAACGGUAUACAAUGACUGGACUAUGUCCUUGUUCAACGUAAUAUUUACCUCCAUUCCUGCAUUGGUGCUUGGCAUUUUUGAACAAGACGUAUCUGCAAGAGGGUGCCUACAGUUUCCUGCUCUUUAUCAGCAAGGACCUAAGAACAUUCUAUUCAACUGGUCUCAAGUUUUCGCCUGGUUUACCAACAGCAUAUAUAGCUCCCUUAUCACUUACUACUUCACCUGGAACAUUUAUAAGCUUCAUUCCUUCAGAAAGGACGGGAAAACACCAAGCCUGGAUGCCUUCGGUACAAGUAUGUACACAUGCAUUAUCUGGAUAGUUAGCCUUCAGAUGGUGUUGACAACGAAUCACUUUAGCUGGAUUCAGCACUUGGGUAUAUGGGGAAGCAUUUUCCUUUGGUAUUUGUUUUUAAUUGUCUAUGGAUUUCUCUGCACAUCUAUUUCUACAACAGGUUACAAGGUUUUUGUGGAAGUUAUGCUUCCUAGCCCUGUUUAUUGGUUGGCUACUAUUCUUAUACCGCCUAUAUCCCUGUUUCCGUACUUUACAAUUUUAGCAGCUCAACGUUCGUUGAGGCCAAUGGACAAUCACAUUGUUCAAGAGAUCAGACGCAAGCAAGAUUCUUUUCUGCAUCCUGCCUCCCGGUCGACUUCUAAAAAGACGUCAGAUGACCGAGAGAGAGUUGCUGUCGUACAGAAGCUGCAAGCAGUUCUUGACAGGAACCAGAAAAGUUUGAAUGCGACGGAUGUGGGAAACCUACUCAAUGCCACCGUUGAUCUCCUUAAGGACCGAGAUCAUGAAGUAUGUCAGGGAGCCCUUCACGUUCUUGCAUCAGCAGCGUCUCUCGCUGGUGAUAGACUCCAGCUAGAUUUCAUGGCGCUGCUGCCUGCAAUUAUAGAUAGACUUGGAGACGACAAGCAGUCCGUCCGUGAUGCAGGGCGUGGACUCCUGCUAGCUCUCAUGCAGAUAUUCUCACCGACGAUGGUAAUUGAAAGGAUCAGCACUAAUGCGUCUCAACAUUACAACUGUAAAGUUCGUGAGGAGUUUGUGCGAGUGCUAGACUCCAAGCUAUAUCAGAAAAAGGGAGACCAUUUUAAAGAUGAGAUUCGAACAUUUUCCUUACGGCGGCCUGGUCAGGUUUGUUUUAUGGGAAUUAUAGCUAAAACUUUACCCAGGUUUCUAGCAGGAAGCUACUUGUUAAAGCAUGGCCCUUCAAAUAACGUGCGGUCAACAAUAGCUGCACCGUCUGCUCCCCAGCUUGCAUCACCUUCAUUUCAAUUAGAUGUUCACCUUGAUGGUAGUGAUCAUGAUGGAGUCUCCGUGAUCAUCAGCGAACCUCGAGUAGCUGACAACAAUCCUGACGAAACUCAAGCACAAACACGCCAGGGCCAAAGUUGUUGUAAUGCUACACAAGAUCCAGGAGAACCCUGCUGCAUUUCUGGGAUGAUAUCGUUAGACGAGACUCUUGCAGAAAGUCUUAGUAAAACUGCUGAUUGGUCUGUCAGAGUGGGAGCAUUUUCUUCCAUCAAGAAAUUUCUACACCAAGGUUCAAAGGGCCUGUCAGAGAUCCACCAGUGUUUUGAUAGCAUCAUAAGAUUGCUCCGGGACCAUUUGACGGAUGCACACUUCAAAGUUUCUCAGGCGGCACUUUCUAUAGUGGUUGAUCUGGUAAAGGCAUGUAAGAAGGGAUUUGGAGUUCAGCUAGAUUUAAUGCUUCCGCUUCUAUUUCCUCGACUGGUGGACUCAAGGCAUGCCACUUGCGAGCUUGCGGCAGCAGCUUUACAAGCUAUUGGAAAUGCAUACGACAUUAAAAUACUUUUUCCAGCAAUUCUCCGCUCCCUUGACGAGCAACGUUCGCCAAAAGGAAAGGUGGCAGUUAUAGAGUAUGCAAUUGUUGACGAGCAAACCGCCUUGAGGAGGUCCUUAAAGCAAUAUGUUCCACAGAUUGAGGUCGACCUUGUGGACCAUAUGCGGUUUAGGAGUCACAGGGCUCCUCUGGUUACCAUGGAGGAGACUGAUAUGUCAGCAAUGAGGAAGCCUUACAUGCACGUUUUUCCAGCAGUAAAAAAUUGUGACAAUAAGCCUCCAAAUCCAAAUCAGAUGGAUAGAUCGGGUGUGCACGAAGGAAUGGUGAAGGAGUUACGGUUCAACUGUAGAACUCCACAAAAUUCUGGCGACCCGACGAUUAUUGGACCCAAAAUCAGGGACUCCAAUACUGGGUGGGAUAUAAACUGCGACAAAACUAGAAGAUGGGUAGACAGUUACUCAAUGAACGUGGACGUCUCGGACGGGGCUGACACUGCACAUUUGAAUCCAGACACUGGAAGUGCUGAGAAUAACGUUACUCGCAUGCUAACUGAGCGGGUCUUUCUUUGGGGACCUGACAAGACGCUAUCAGAGAAGCACGAGGCAUUGCUCGCAGCAGCCCGGCUUCACCAAUCUAGCGACACAAAAGUUUGGUCACAGAUUGUGAAACGACUUCCUAAGGAAAUGCUAGUUGAAAGGCUUCCAACCUUUCUGCCAGUGCUUGUAGAGGCAUUCAAGCACCAGCAAGAAGACGUGAGACAGAAUGUUGAGUUUGGUGGGGCGUCCAACGAGCGAAUCGAUGAUAACUUGAGUGAACAGCCGAAUCCUGUUUAA